AUGUCAGAGAGAGAGACAGAAGAAGUUCCGUCUUCGACCAAACGCAAAGCCGAGCGCCUAGAUUCCACUGGACGCCCGUUUGUGUUGACGCAUAGAGGUGGUAAGAAGAGCAAGCGCCAGCAAGAGCUGCGCCAGGCAGUCUUAGAGGGGGCAUAUCAGCCCCAGGCUGAGUGGUCUGAGCAAAAGAGGUUAGAAUACGCCAAGCUCUUGUCGAUUCAGGAACGCAGAAAGGAACUUGACCGCCUGGAACGAGAGGCCCAAGAGGGCUUCGUAGCUGCUGGCGGCGGUGUGGUGCCGGGUAGUGGAGUGAGAUCUGAAGCGUCUGGGCUCCGAACUGGUGGUUUGGACCGGCUGGCGGUGAGCGAAGGCCCGCCAGCUAGCCUAGCGGGGGCUGAGAGAGAGGGAAAGGGAGAGAGGGAGAGAGAGAGAUCCCCAAAGCGCGCGCCUGCGCGACCCAUUCCCUCAAGUAGCGUGUCUUCAGAUCGGCCUAUACCCUCAAGAGGCCUCGCUCCAACACAGCCCAAAAGGACUAGCAUCCCGAAGCACGUGCGUAUUCCUUCCACUCCGGUUCCCACCAGUGCCCCGGAAACUCCAGUGCUCUCCGAAGAAGCCUCAGUAGAAGGUUCCACGCCGAAAGCCUCUGAGGUUCCUGCAAAGAAGGCCCCAGCGCACUUGAAGGACACCAAAGGUGCCGGUACCAAGGGCAAAGCCAGGGCCCAGGACUCACCAAAGACAAAGGCUCCCCAGUCUGAAGCCACAAAGGCCCCGAAAGCACCCCCGAAGUCCCGUCCUGCAACUUUCAAAGUCUCAGCUGUCACUCCGCCGGAACCAAAGGGGUCCAAGGCAAAGGCCCGCCCGAAAGAGAAGUCUGUCCCAAAGCCCACAGUAGCUGCUAGCUCACGGGAUCCCGUGACGGUUGAAGUUGACGUAGAGCUCGAAGAGCCUGAAGCCCCGCGCGCUGCAAGGCCCGAGUCUUCCGUUGCUAAGGCUUCCUCCACACCCGUGGUGUUGCGUCCCCGUGCAGGGUCACUGGCGGAUCCGAGCAGCACUGCGUCCAGGGCUCCCCAAAGCAAGGGAAAGAGGGCUUCGGAAACGGUUGAGGCGUCCCAGGGCACCAUUCGUGUGAUCUUGGACUAUCACGGGGUUCUGGACUGUGACGUUGCUCAAACCACCAAGCGUGAGCGUUUGUGGUUCUGUAACACUGGGAUUCCCGAGGCCACUCAGGACCUUUUGGUUGAGGCGUUGGACAACACCCCAGGGUUAGAGUUCUUGGUGCUGAGCUACGUAGGAAAGAGUUCCUACGAAAAGAGGCAGGAGGUGAUUAACCGAGUCCGUAAGUUUGCUCGCUACGCAGAGCAGCGUGGGCACCCGGGGAAAGUAAAAAUCUCCAUCUGCGAUCGUCGCGAGGACAAGCAAGACGUUGCUAAGCACUGUAGGCCUGUUGUUGCUGUAGACGACAACUGGUGGAUCGUAGAGUCGUACUACGAGCACGUUAGGAGAGCGUACUGGUUCUGCCCUAACUUCGACGAAGAAGAAGCCCCGAAGGGUUGCCACGUUGUGUUUAGUUGGAGCAAGGUUCUGGACUUCGUGAAGGGUUGUGUCAGAACCAAGACUCCAACUAGGUGGAAAGAUCUCAGUUCGGCAGCCUAG